CCGCGUUGAAUUGUGGGAUUGAAAACCUGGAACGACAACAAACUAUCUGCUCCUUACAACUCUCACGAUUACUUCUUUUCUCCUCCACAUUUGUGAAGUGUUUUUUGGUUACGCCAGCUCUCCGGGGGGGUGGGGGGAAAAGGAAAUGGAAAAUGUGCAUCUGGCAAUGGAGGAGGAUGAUCUUUACUCGGGCUAUAACGAUUAUAAUCCAACCUUUGACUCCGAGGAGUUGGAGAAUGAUGUGGACUUCCAGCAAGCUGUAAGGACAAGUCAUGGAAGAAGACCACCGAUGACUGCUAAAUUUCCUGGCACUGCCAUUGGAUCUCGGGCCUUAGGAACCUCCUUUGGGUCUCGAGUCCCUCUGGUCUCUUCGAUGGGAAGACCCAUGACUGGAGCUGUGCAGGAUGGAGCAGCUCGACCAAUGACUGCUGUCAGAGCAGCAGGUUACACGUCCUCCAUGGUCCGCGGCCCUGCCUUUGAUCCUCUGGGCCAGUCCAAGGGCCCUGCUCCUCCACUUGAAGCAAAGAAUGAGGACACGCCCGAGGAGAAGAUCAAGAUCCUGGAGAAGAAAGUGAACGACCUGAUCGAGGAGAGCUGCAUGGCACACAGCAUCGGAGCCUUACAACUGGCUCUUGAAAAAGGCAAAGAGGCUGGGAGGAAGGAGAGGGCCCUCGUGAGACAGAGGGAACAGUCUGGGAAUGCUGAGCACAUCAGUUUAGACCUCACCUACUCUGUUUUGCUUAACCUUGCCAACCAGUAUGCAAACAAUGAAAUGUACCCAGAAGCCCUGAACAGCUACCAGGUCAUCGUGAAAAACAAGAUGUUCAGUAAUGCAGGCCGUCUGAAAGUCAACAUGGCCAACAUUUACGUCAAACAGAAGAACUACCCUAAAGCCAUCAAGUUCUACCGCAUGGCGCUGGAUCAGAUCUCCAACGCUCACAAGGAAAUGAGGAUCAAGAUCAUGCAGAAUAUUGGAGUGGUCUUUGUCCGCAUGGGUCAGUACUCAGACGCCAUAACGUCUUUUGAGCACAUCAUGAGCGAGAGUCCAAACAUCAAGACCGGCUUCAACCUCAUCCUGUGCUACUUCGCCAUCGGGGAUAGAGAGAGGAUGAAGAAGGCCUUCCAGAAGCUCAUCUCUGUUCCUCUGGGCAUUGAUGAUGAAGACAAGUACAUCCCGACUAAUGACGACACCAGCUCAAACAUGGUCAUUGAAGCCAUUAAGAACGACAAACUUCAUCAGAUGGAAAGAGAUCUGAAAGUCCUGGCUGAGAAGUACAUCAUGACUGCAGCCAAGCUCAUCGCUCCGGCCAUCGAGACAUCUUUUGUCACUGGAUUUGACUGGUGUGUGGAAAUGGUGAAAAGUUCUCAGUAUGUCGAGCUUGCAAACGAUCUGGAGAUAAACAAAGCCAUCACCUACCUGAGACAGAAGGACUUUAACCAGGUUGAGGCUGUGGAGACACUGAAGACGUUUGAAAAGAAGGACAGCAGAGUGAAGAGUGCUGCAGCCACAAACCUCUCUUUCCUCUACUUUUUGGAGAAGGACUAUGACCAGGCUGACCGAUAUGCCGACCUCGCCAUGAAUGCUGAUCGCUACAACCCCGCAGCACUUAUCAACAAAGGCAACACGGUGUUCGUCAAGCAAGACCACGAGAAGGCUGCAGAGUUCUUCAAAGAAGCUCUGAGGAACGACUCGUCCUGCACGGAGGCCCUCUAUAACCUCGGUCUAACAUAUAAGAGACUGAAUCGUCUGGAGGAGGCUCUGGACUGCUUCCUGAAGCUCCAUGCUAUUCUGAGGAAUAGCGCCCAGGUCAUGUACCAGCUGGCCAACCUAUAUGAGCUUCUGGAAGACACUCAGCAGGCCAUCGAGUGGUUAAUGCAGGUCAUCAGCGUAACUCCCACUGACCCCCAGGCACUGGCCAAACUGGGAGAGCUGCACAGUGGGGAGGGGGACAAAUCCCAGGCUUUCCAGUACUACUACGAGUCCUUCAGGUACUUUCCCUCCAACAUUGAUGUGAUAGAGUGGCUUGGUGCUUACUACAUCGAGACGCAGUUCUGUGAAAAGGCCAUUCAGUACUUUGAAAGAGCCACACUCAUACAACCCACCCAGGUGAAAUGGCAGCUCAUGGUGGCAAGCUGCUACAGGAGAAGUGGAAACUACCAGAAAGCUCUGGAAACGUACAAAGACAUUCAUUGCAAGUUUCCAGAAAACGUCGAAUGCCUGCGUUUCUUGGUGAGGCUGUGCACCGAUAUGGGACUCAAAGAAGUCCAAGAAUAUGCCACCAGGCUGAAGAAGGUGGAGAAGAUGAAGGAGAUCAGAGAACAGAGGGUGAAGUCCGGGCGGGAGGGCAGCACCAGAGGUCGGAGAGAAGGCAGAGAGGGCAGCGCUGGGAGUGCUGACAUGGAAGUUAAAGCAGUUUCUCAAUCUGAGCCUAAACAACUCAGUCCACUGUUGGACUCAGGGAGAGACAGCGGCCACAGCAGCAACAGCACUAAAGGAGAGCGUCUGAGCGCCAAGAUGAGGUCACUUCCUGGUUCGAAUGAGCCCUACGAGGCGAGCAGCCCGAAAGAGAUCGAUGCAUCUUACGUGGACCCUCUGGGGCCUCAUAUGGAGAGGCCGAAGACGGGCGCCAAGAGACGCGUGGAGGACGACGACUUCGCAGACGAAGAGCUCGGAGACGACCUGCUGCCCGAGUAGAUGCUCUGACCCCUUCAGACCAAACUGUCAGAACAUUUUUAUUAAGUCUUCUGAAAGGCAGGACACCCAAAACGUUACAGGAUGUUUUAUAUUUCAGGGAGUCCAGUCACUCUGCUGUUGUGACUUCUGAGUGUAGGAGUGUGAUGUUUAAUAACUCAUCUUUGCCUUAAAUCUGAAUAUCUUUAGUUGUAAAUCUGAGGCUCAGUUCUCGAAGAUAAAUAUUUAUUUAGAGUUCCUGCAUACAUGCAAAGCUCUACAGCUGUUUGCAUUUCCAUCGUCUUCUAUUAGGACAGUUUUCUUCCAGCUCUGAGCUCCUGCAGAAAACAUUUAAAAACCACUGACAAAGAAAUUCAAGUUUUCAAAUUCGACUCUGAGCUAACAGUGAUUACAAACAUAUUGGAUGGAGUGUUUAUAAAUUCCUGAGUUUUCUGGAGAACACUUUUCCUCCCACGAGUACAACUUCUUCAGCGCUCACCCGAUACGCUCGUGAACGCCCUCACACACCCUGAAAGCCCUUGAAUCCAGCGAUGGGGCGCAGAGCCAAAACAAUGAGAAACAUAUCGCUGUCCUGGUCAUUUGGACUGCGCUGUAUGUUUCCAUGUGUGAGCGUGGGAACCUUCUGGAAAAUGCAUCAACAUGGAGAUACCAAACCCAGAGAAAUACGUCCAUGUGCCGCCCUGUUCCUGUAGUUUUAUACAUCUUCUACUUAUUCUAAAGAAUGUUGGAGUGUAAUAUUUAUUUUUCUAGUUUGUUACUUUGUUGAUGUACAUUAUAUCAUUAAAAUAUUUCAAUACUUUA